UACUUCCUGGUUGUUGUGGGUGGUAAGUGUCGACCAAACGUACGUAUACAAUGAUUCUGUUUAUUUGUAUGACAGUAUCCGUACUGGCGUGCACACGUGCUGCUAACGACGUAGUGACACACCCUGCCAUAAAAGCAUUGCUUGUCGAAUCGAAUGUUUUUUCUCGAUUCGCUAAUGUGUACAUCACAAGUAAGGUUGAAAACGAUGCAAGGGAAAGCAAAACAUCUUUGUUUUCAGUCCAGGUUCCUACGGAAGCUUUCAUUACGGGUUUCUCUAUGCAAAAUGAAGGUAGGAUCCUCCAAGGUGUGGUGAAAGAGAAAAAAGAAGCAGACGAAGCUUACGACGCUGCCCGUAAGGAUGGGCAGACAGCUGGUAGGGUGUCGGAGGUCGCCCCACCCCCGGGACGCGCAAUGAAAAAUUUCGUCGUGUAUAUGAACGUGGCAGCAAUGUCUGAAGCUACUUUCAAACUUUCAUAUCAAGAACUUGUCAAGAAGGUUUUGGGAAAAUAUACCCAAAAAAUACACAUAGAACCCAAUCAAAUUGUGAACAACAUCACUGUCGUUGCCUCAUAUCAUGAGCCCCAAGGUAUUGAGAUGUUUUCGUACGCUCUUCCAGAUUCUGAAGUGUUUUCGUCAAGUUCGAUUGCCUCACAAAAUACGGUUGUACACAAUUCCGAAACGAAGAGAGUGUUUGUUUACACUCCUUCGGUAGAGACCCAGCUAGGUGACGGGGGCUUCGGUUUAAAAGGUGACAUAACACUGAGGUAUACUUUGACUCCUCCGGUAACCAACGGAGGGACAAUCAUUGUCAACGAUGGCGCGUUUGUCCACUAUUUCUCACCGUCCGGUUUGUCGACUCUAAGCAAAACAAUUGUAUUUGUCAUUGAUGUUAGUGGUUCCAUGAGAGGGGUCAAAAUUAAUCAAGUAAAGGUAGCAAUGCACUCGAUAUUGGCAAGACUUAGAGAACAUGAUGCGUUUGACAUAAUUCUGUUCAGUGAUUCUGUGCACCAUUGGCAACCGUAUCCAGUGUUGGCUACCAGUGAACGUAUUUCCGCUGCCAAGACAUUUGUUAAUGGAAUGGUAGCAACAGGGAGCACCAACAUCAACGACGCGUUGUUGUCCGGAGUUCAUGAUCUCAACAACGCUUUGAGAAAUCGGGGGAACCUUGUUGUGUUCCUCACGGAUGGUGUUCAAACUGCGGGUGAAAUGCGCGAAGACGUCUUACUCAAAAAUGUACUACGAGCAAACCAUGACGGUUUAGUGUCAAUUUUCUGUCUUGGUUUUGGAACUAGAGUGAAUUUUGAAUUUCUGAUAAAAAUAUCACUACAGAAUUAUGGAACUGCGUAUAAGAUAUACGAGGAUGAAGAUGCGAGUGAACAACUUGAUGACUUUUUUAGAGGAAUUGAAUCUGUCACACUCAGGGAUGUCAAGUUUCAAUACCCCGUUGACAUUGUAGUAAAAGAAGACCUAACCGAAACAAGCUUUUCCAAUUUCUUCAACGGUUCUGAAAUUGUCGUAGCUGGAACCCUUCAACCGGAAGUGGACAUCCGCACUACUCCUUUCACUGCGUCAAUCGUCGCUGUUGGUGCGAAUAAAGACGUUAUCUUCCAUUCUACGGCCGAACUCGAGGGCACAGGAGAAACUGAACAGUUUACUCAGAGGCUUUGGGCUUACAAAAAAAUAAAAGAAUAUUUGAAUUUGGCCUUGAUAUCAAACAAAGAGGACAGAGAGAGAUAUGAACAAAAAGCACUUACAUUGUCAUUGAGAUACAGCUUUGUGACGCGUCUGACGUCGAUGGUUGUCACGGAGGCGGUCAAUGCUGGAAACGAUGAAAAGUGGUUAAAAGCCGAAAGUAAAAUAAUGAUCGGACGCAGGAUGAACACACUAGCAACGCGCAGAGCUUACAGCAGUCCAGCGGUGGAUAGCGUAGUGUCUGUCUAUCGAAACAAAGGCACGUGUGCGGCAGUGUCUAUUGCAUGUGUAGUGAUCUCGUUUGUGUUAUAUUUCAUUUGAUAUUACUUCUUUGAAAAUCCUUUCUCACUUUUUUCGGGGUAUCUCUUUCACUCGAACCAUUCUGUUAUGUUUUAGGGUAUUGUUUAGUUAAUCAGUUCUAUUUUCCUAUGAAAUUUUGCAACAAGGAUUAGAGGAAGUACCAGAUUUGUUCAUUUAUUUUUAAUUUCCGAAUUCGCGAGGUUGACGGGCUGCAGUUUGUUUUGAUAAUAUCUUAAAAAAUAACAUUUUUUUAUUUCAAUAAUAUUUAGUUACUUUAUGUCAUAAGUGCAUCGAUCAAAAAAUUAAAAUCAAUCUUAUUAAAAUUAAUAUAUCGUUUCUCUCAUAACCAUUAUCCAAGCAAAGACGAUAAAUAUUCCAUCGUCUUGGGGAGAAAGAUUUACGGGUGAGAAAACAAGCUUGUUUUAUCUGAUAUUUUUCUUUUACUUUUAUUAUUUAAAAUUUAAAAUUAUGUAAAUGACUUCUUGCACAACUUUGAAUAUUUUUAUUUUUUUUUAAAGCUACAAGUUGUAAAAUGUUCCUUGUUCAACCUUAUGCACUAAUUUUAUCACAAUGUUAGAAAAAUAUGUCAUUCGCUUGAUGCAUAUGUACUUGGAAGUUGAGGCCAUUCGCCUAUUUCUGGGAUUUAUGUACUUUUUUCUGCAUUCCAUUUAUAAAUUUUGUCUGAAGGACUCCUUUUUUCUUAUAUUUGUGAAACUUGGUAGAUAUGAUUGGUACGUUUUUUUAAUGUAGACAUGGGAAUAUUUAUAGCCUAUAGCUUUAGUUAAAUUUAUGAACGAAAUCUGUAAAUAUUUUUGAAUAAAUCUGCCUUAUGUUUUGAUACCCUUCGUUCUCUGGCAUUCUUUUUCCAGAUUUUGAAAAAUUAUUAUUGAAACAAAAAAAA